AUGGAAAGACGGCUGGCGAACGCAAGGUGGACGAUAUUCCCUCAAGAACUUAAUUUGCAAAACGGAAAAACAUUUUUUCUUAGGAAUAUAGCAAAUGGUGUCGGAGGCCAUCCUAAAUGGAAGGAUGUGGAUAUGGUUCUAUUCCCCAUAAACGUUCCUCAUGCCCAUUGGUUUUUGGCAGUGCUACAUUUAGAUAUUUGGAAAGUACACAUUUAUGAUUCAGCACGAUGUAUGAAUUACUUCACAACGUACUUGACUGGUGGAGAAUUCAAAAGUUUUGGGGAUAGUAUAAUCGAAGAGCUAGAUGUCAUUGACUACCGGAAGGAUUUCCCCGAUGGACACAAAGACAACGCAGUUAUGGAGUUUAUUGAUAUUGUAGACGCGCCACAACAAGAAUAUAUUACUAAUAGAGGGAAUUGUGGAGUACUCGUAAGCAUGUAUAUGAAAAUGAUUGCUUCGGGGGUACCGGUGAAGAGUGAUAAGCCAUGUAGAGAUGCAGGAUUUCUCUACAGAAAUAGGAUGACAAAUAUUAUUUGGGAUACUAAAUAACUUGAUGUUUGGAAGUUUGUAUACAUUAUUAUGAGAUACUUGUUUUUAGU